CCAAAGUGUGCCAAGAAAACAUUCCCCACACCGUUACACCACCACCACCAACCAGCCUGGACUGUUGACACAAGGCAGGUUGGGUCCGUGGGUUCACGCUGCGGAUGCCAAAUCCUGACCCUACCAUAUGUGUGCCUCAGCAGAAAUCCAGAUUCAUCAGACCCAUGUUUUUCCAGUCUUCAACUACCCACUUGAGGUCAUCAUGAGGGCGGUGCUAUUUGAACUUCUGGUCGUCUGCCUGCUGGGAGUGCUGCACGCAGGAGCGAACGCUCAACCCGAAGAGAUGGGUCUCAGUGAGGACGAGCAGCACGUGGGGAAAAGAUAUGCUGAGUCAGCCUUAGCCAGCGAAAUCAGCAAAAUCAUGGAUUCAAUGGUGCAGAAAAAUUUUGUUGAUUUCUUGCUCAGCCAAAAGGAAAAAAAAAGCAGGCCUGUCGCUGUGGAGGAAGAUCCCGAGGAACGUCGCUACAACAACCUGCUGAAGCUCAGUCUGCACGAGAAGCCGAGGAGAAAGAUCUAGGCUCCAACACGGUGACGCGGUGCUGUGGAAAAUCAUCAGACGGCUCGUGACGACAGUCCCUCUGAUUUCUGCCUUGUGACAUGUUGAAAGCUUCUGCGAUGUGUAGUGUUUAAUCUUUUGAGUGCGGGCGAAAUCCCGUCCUGCGCAAAGCCUCCAGACGCAUAACUGCAAUCUGAAUCCCACAGCAAAAUAAA